CAGAAUAGCGUGAGAAUAGAGUGUCAGCUGACGAAGAUGCAGCGCAAAUGUGGAAGAUGGUUUGAGACCCGCUGAACUCCUCUAUAUUAGUUCAUAUUUAUGGACAUUCAGUAUUUAUCGGGAUCAUAUCCCAUCAGUAUCAUUUUUGUCAGCAUCUGUCAUAGGCGUGGUUAAUGAACGGAAUAGAAGCUGGACGCGUAUAUUUGUAAAUAAGAGACUGUGGAUGUUGACAGCUGUAACGUGGGCUUUAAAUUGAAACAUGCUGCUUUGACACAAGUGAUGUUACAUCGCCAAAUAUGGGGUCUGUUAUAUUUUACUUGCUUUAUAUUCUGUUGGCUUUAUUUUCUGUCCAUUGUGCGGUGAAACCAGGAUCUACAGAUGAAGACUUGAGAAAUCAGGAAGAGGAGCGAGAGUUUAAUACCCUUGACUCCUUACUUUCGGACUUUGAUAUUCUACCUGCAUCAGGGCUCCAGCUUCACUCGGUCAGAAAGAGGGACGUUGGCACUGGGUCACAUGUGGAGCGGCUAGUCAGCUUCACAGCACUCCAGAGGCACUUCAAGUUGUACUUGAUGACGAACACUGAGCUUUUCACAGAUGACUUCAAAGCUGUGUUUGUAGACAAGUAUGGAAAUGAGGACCAAUAUGACGUUCAGUUGCAAAAUUACUUUAAAGGACAUGUAGUUGGAGAGGAACACUCCCGUGUGCAGGCACACAUCGAUGGGGAAGAGUUUUCAGCCCACAUUCUCACUGAUGAAGCUGAAUACAAUAUAGAGCCUUUGUGGCGGUUUGCAGAAACGCCACCUGAUGGCCGUUUGCUGGUGUACCGUUCAGAGGACAUAAAGAACAUCAGUCGACUAUCCUCUCCCAAAGUGUGCGGAUAUUUGAAUGCUGAUACCCAGGAGCUGCUGCCUGCACAGGCGAGAGCAGUGAAAGAAUCUGAACAGGUGGAAGAACCUCACCAUAUAGAGAGGAGGGCUGCACAUGACCACAAGAAAAACACCUGCCCUCUGCUGUUAGUGGCAGACCAUCGCUUUUACAAGAAUAUGGGCCGUGGAGAGGAGAGCACCACACUCAACUACUUGAUUGAGCUGAUAGACAGAGUGGAUGAUAUCUACAGGAACACAUCCUGGGAUGAUGAGUAUAAAGGAUAUGGUGUGCAGAUUCAGCAGAUAAUCAUAAACAAGGAGCCCACAAAAGUUGGUCCAGGGGAGGUUCACUACAACAUGAAUGGCAGUUCAUUAAAAAGAAAAGAUGGUGUGUGGGAAGUGAAGAAGCUUCUAGAACAAUUCAGUUAUGACAUCGCAGAAAAUGCCUCUCUAGUUUGCCUUGCCCAUCUCUUCACCUAUCAGGACUUUGAUGAUGGGACUCUUGGUCUUGCAUAUGUGGCCCCUUCCAAACCGCAGGGUUUAGGAGGACUCUGCCCUAAACCCUAUUUCCCAUCACAAACCGUCAGUAAACCCAGUUACCUGAACACUGGCUUAACUAGCACCAUGAAUUAUGGGAAGACUAUUCUGACUAAGGAAGCAGAUCUUGUAACCACUCAUGAGCUUGGCCACAACUUCGGAGCAGAACAUGAUCCAGACAACAUUGCCCUCUGUGCGCCUAGUGAUGACCAAGGUGGCAAAUUUAUCAUGUACCCUAUUGCAGUAAGCGGAGAUCAUUUCAACAAUAAGCGCUUCUCCAGCUGCAGCAAAUCCUCUGUCAGUAAGACUUUGAAGGUUAAGGCCCGUCAGUGCUUCAAAGAGAGGAGCAGUAAGCUGUGCGGGAACUCUCGUGUGGAAGAGGAUGAAGACUGUGACCCUGGACUCCUUCAUCUCAAUGACGACCCUUGUUGCACUGCCAAGUGCAAAUUCAGGAAGAAGGCACAAUGCAGUGACAGGAACAGCCCCUGCUGCAAGAACUGUAGGUUUGAAAGUGCAGAGAAGGUCUGUCAGGAGAACAUCACAGCCACCUGCAAGGGCAUGUCAAACUGUACAGGCAACAGUAGCGAUUGUCCGGCUCCUGGCAACCUGGCUGAUGAGACAGUAUGUGUGGAUAAAGGCAGAUGUCGCAAUGGUGAAUGUAAGCCUUUCUGUGAGGCUGUUCAUAAACUCGAGUCCUGUGCCUGCAAUGAGACCGUGGAGUCGUGUAAAGUUUGUUGUAGAUAUGGAAAUGGGCUGUGUACUCCCUUUGUUAUUAGUGAUGGAGUGUAUCUUUAUCUGCGCAAGGGCAAACCCUGUACCGUUGGUUUCUGUGAUGGGGCAGGUAAAUGCAUGAAGCAAGUACAAGAUGUUAUUGAACGCUUAUGGGACUUCAUAGACAAAUUGGAUAUCAACACAUUUGGAAAGUUCUUGGCUGACAACAUAGUGGGGUCCGUGGUGGUCUUCUCUCUCCUUUUCUGGAUUCCUCUAAGCAUACUGGUUCAUUUUGUUGACAAAAAAAUGGAUCGCCAAUAUGAGAACUCCAAAUCCUUGAUGUACCCUAGUAGCGUGGAGAUGUUGAACAGUCAGGAGACCGUUCCCUUCCGCAUCAUCAAGCCCCCACUUCCGGCUUUGUUUUUAGCAGGAGCACGACCUCAGCCCUUAAUGGGCCCCGGUAUCUCACCGCCACAGGAGACUGUCGUCGCCCAAGGCCACGCCAGCCUAUCCACCUCACCCAGAUUGGAUCAGCCACGAAUGGACACCAUCGAGGAGGACCCCAGUGGCGACUCCUCUCACCUGGAUGAGGGUAUGCCGGAGGAAGGCUUUCAUCCAAGUGCCACAGCUGCCAGGUCCUUCGAGGACCUCACCGGACAGGCAACACAAAACCAGGCAGACAAGAGACGGCUGAUGAGACAGGCGCGCAUUGAUAGUAAGGAGACAGUGUGCUGACGACAGA